GAGAAGCGGUCUAUGCUCGUGAAGUGCGCAGAGACCACGCUGAAUUCAAAGCUUGUGGCAGAUUACAAGACCUUUUUUGCUGAGAUGUCCGUGGAUGCUAUCUCACUGCUGGGCGACGACAUGUCUGUCUCUUCCGUCGGCAUCAAGAAGGUGACCGGAGGCUCCGUCACAGACACGCUCCUUGUGCCAGGCAUCGGUUGGUGA